UCGGGGCUGUCUCGGCUGCUCUCUCCCUAGGGGACGAGGACAAGGGCGAGAAGGGGCUGGGGGCUGUGCCCGGCCGCCAGGCUGCGUUCCGGGAAGGCCUGGCCCUGGCCGUGAAGUACGCAAAGGCCCUGGGUUGCCCGAGGAUCCAUCUCAUGGCCGGGCGGGUCCCUGUGGGCACCGAGCGGGCAGCGAUGGCUCUGGAGAUGGAAACCACCUUUGUUGAGAACCUCAGAUAUGCUGCUGACAUCCUGGCCCAGGAGGACAUGACGGGGCUGCUGGAGCCUAUGAACAGCCGCAUCACCGACCCCCGCUACUUCCUGACCACCCCUCACCAAGCUGCAGCCAUUCUGGAGAAGGUGGGGAGGCCCAACCUCCGCCUGCAGCUGGACAUUUUCCACUGCCAGAUCAUGGAUGGGAACCUGACACAGAACCUGAAGACAUACUUCCCGCUCAUUGGUCACAUCCAGGUCGGGCAGGUGCCCGGUCGGCACGAACCUGACAGCCCAGGCGAGGUGAACUUCCCCUAUCUCUUCCAGCUGCUGGAGUCGCUCGGCUACGAGGGUUACGUGGGCUGCGAAUACACCCCGCAAGGAGACACGCUGGAAGGACUGGGCUGGUUGCACGCGUACUGGGAGAGCCGAGGCCGGCAGCAGCGCCGGUGCUAGCCCAGCGGGGGCCCUACGCAGGAAUAUUUGUAACCCUCCCCUUACUAAAACAGACAAGGUCUUUAAUAAAAAGCCAAUAGGGGCCUUCCAGCCACUCAGGGCCCCAAGCAA